GAACGAACAAAAACAAAAUCCCCAAGAAAUCAAUUAAAGAUCGAAUUAAUCCAUUAGUAGCCAUGGCCGUGGUCGCCGGCCGUCUGAUGGAAAGGGUCAACGGCUUCUUCGGCAACAGAUGGCUGGUCUUCGUCGCCGCAAUGUGGGUCCAGACGUUCGCCGGGAUCGGGUAUCUGUUCGGGAGCAUAUCUCCGGCGAUCAAGGCGGCUCUGGGUUACAACCAGAAACAGCUGGCGAGCCUCGGCGUGGCCAAGGAUUUGGGCGACAGUGUCGGGUUCCUGGCCGGAACUCUGUCGGAGAUCUUGCCGCUCUGGGCCGUUCUCCUCGUCGGCGUCGUUCAGAACUUCGUCGGCUACGGUUGGGUUUGGCUCGUCAUCACCGGCCGAGCUCCAGUUCUGCCGAUAUGGGCUAUGUGUGCUCUCAUAUUCCUGGGAACAAAUGGUGAGACAUACUUCAACACCGCCGCACUUGUCUCAUGUGUCCAAAACUUCCCGAAGAGCCGGGGCCCCGUGGUGGGGAUCCUCAAGGGGUUCGCGGGGUUGAGCGGCGCGAUUCUGACGCAGAUAUACACGCUGGUCCACUCCCCGGACCACGCCUCGCUCGUGUUCAUGGUCGCGGUGGGGCCCGCCAUGGUCGCCGUCGCGCUCAUGUUCGUCAUUCGGCCCGUCGGAGGACACAGGCAGGCCCGUGGCUCCGACGGGCUGAGUUUCGCGUUCGUUUACGCGACGUGUCUACUCCUCGCUUCGUACUUGAUGGGAGUAAUGCUUGUUGAGGACAUGGUAAUUGUGAGCAACCGAACCGUAACGGUCUUCACCGUGGUUCUCUUUGUCCUCAUAUUGAUCCCGAUCGCGAUCCCGGUACACUUGACCUUUUGUAAGGACUCGAACGGUCCUCGGGGAGAAGAGCCGCCGCUUCUUCCCGAGACGCCGGAAUCGGGUCCCGGGAAAGCGGGACCCGCUUUCAGGCACGAGAUCAUAUUCAGUGAGGUCGAGGAUGAGAAGCCCGCGGGAGUGGAUUUGCUUCCGGAUUCGGAGAGGAAGAAGAGGAUGGCUCGUCUGCAGGCGAAACUAGCGCAGGCGGUGGCCGUCGGAGCGGUGCGGGUCAAGCGGCAGCGGGGACCACACCGGGGGGAGGACUUCACGUUGGUGCAGGCUUUGAAGAAGGCUGAUUUUUGGCUCAUAUUCUUCUCCCUACUCUUUGGCUCUGGGUCUGGCUUGACAGUCAUUGAUAAUUUGGGUCAAAUGAGCCAAUCUUUGGGGUAUGAUAACACCCAUGUUUUUGUUUCUAUGAUCAGUAUAUGGAACUUCCUCGGCCGGAUCGGCGGCGGUUUCUUCUCUGAGAUCAUUGUCAGGGAUUAUGCUUAUCCAAGGCAUGCAUUCAUGGUUGUUGCCCAAGUGAUAAUGGCAAUUGGGCAUUUCUUCUUGGCAAUGGGUUGGCCCAGGGCAAUGUACGUAGGCACACUACUAGUCGGGCUCGGGUACGGAGCCCAUUGGGCCAUUGUGCCCGCCGCCGCCUCUGAACUGUUUGGACUGAGGAAUUUCGGCGCUCUGUACAAUUUCCUGACUAUGGCCAACCCGGGAGGCUCGUUGGUCUUCUCGGGCCUCAUUGCCAGCGGGAUAUACGACAGAGAAGCUGAGAAACAAGCCCGAGAACGCCCGCAUGCCCGACCGAUGUGGAGAUCGGUCUUGUCAACCGUUGUCACCACAACAGACCAAUCUAUGAAAUGCAAUGGGGCCAUUUGUUUCUUCUUGACUUCCCUCAUUAUGUGCGGGUUUUGCGUUUUCGCGUCCAUCCUCAGCAUGAUUCUCGUGUACCGGACAAAGUCUGUAUAUUAUAAUCUCUACGGGAAAUCCCACGGAUAAAAAGAUUCAUUCUUGAAUGCGAUCGAAUAUCCAGAGUCACAUAUCAUUGAUUUCACAAUGUGAUAAUAACAUGUGGUGAUCUUA